GCGGCAUGGACGACGUCGCAGGGACAACUGAUGGCAUCGGCGUCGUCUCCUCCGUGGACACUUCCCUAACUCUGCUCACCGGAGCUGCUUCAGCAUGGGAGAGGCAGAGAGGUACGCCGCCGCAGCCACAGCCUGUGGCAGCAGAGGAGGAGAAGGUUCCACCGCCGCAGCAGAAUCAAUCACAGGGGUCGAUGGGAGACGAGCUCGUCCACUCCGCCAACCAGGCGCUACUCGCCGCUGCUGGGUACGUGGCCCAGCUUCAGAUCAACCCAGCCCCGGUUGCAGCGCGGCCGCAAGAGAAUCUGGCGAUAGCAGCGGCAGUAGUAGCCUCCGGGUCGUCCGCGUCUGCCCUUCGAACAAUCCAGGUCGAGGCUCAACCAAAUUCGGCCUGUUUCUGUAGUUCUUCAAUCGCUUGAUUGGUGGCUUCAAGUUUUCGUUUCAUUCUUGCAGUCAGUUCACCGAUGAUCCAAUCCCAAGAAUCCUCGACCUCUCGUCCCUCUCUACAGCCUCAGCCUGCCCAGCUGCCGGACAAGCUCGACGCUCCUCUCCCAGCGGCUGCAGCGGCGCAGGCCUUUGGUCCCGUCCUCGGCUAGUCACUCCGUGGUUGCCUCCAGUUA